UUGCAACGUUAACGGUGAAUCCAGUUCUUCUUCCGAAAUGUAUUUGGUUUGCGUUUCUACAAAUUCCACGGGAACAGCAUCAAGUUUACACACUCUACCUCUGAAAACCGGCGCAAAAACCGACGAAAAAACGAGAUGGAUUACUGUCAAGUCUGAUCAGAUAUAUCCACGAAUGCGAUCACUUGACGGAUCGGCAUUUGUGCUCAGCUCGACUUCCGGUGUAUCUGAAGUUUUCUCAGUCACUUCCAGCGGCUUGCCUGUGCGAAAGUACCUUAUACACAACGUGAGUUCACUCACUGGAAGCAUUUUUUGA